GUCACACAGAAACAUACGGUGUGAUAUGCUAUCCCUUCAUAGGCAGAUAUACGUCUGGUGAUCACAUCUCUGCCACAGCCAAUGGCUUCACACUGUCCAAUAUAUUGGUGGUUCGCGGCUUAGCCAGCCUCUAGGACCCAUCGACAAGCAUAUACAUAUCAGCUGCUUAACUCCCUACCCACUGACUCGAGUUUGUAGUUCCAGACUUCUGAGUAGGAAACUCAAACCACCAAAUCUCCUCAACAUAACUAUAGUGAAAUCUUACUGUGAUUAUCAUCCGAAUUUGUUCAGUCACAUAAGUUCCAGAGCUUUCACUCCCACCUCCGUCAACAUGCUGAUGAAGAACGCUUUCCUUCUGGUAUGCGGUGUAGUGUCCGCCGUGAUGGCACUCCCAUUGAACACUGUGGCCGAUGCUCCCGUGAAGCGGGACGAAGGUGACGUUUUCGAGCCUGGGAGUUUCGCCAAGCGAGAUGAAGGAGAUGUCUUUGAACCAGGCAGCUUUGCCAAACGAGACGAAGCUGAUAUCUUGGAGCCAGGUACCCUUGCUAAGUGAGGUGUAAUUGCUGGACUUUCUGCUUGCUUUGAGCGGCUAGCUCUUUUAAGGCCAGGAAGAACUUCUCUCACGAAGAAUACUACGACAUUCACUACCUGUGUGGUUUUUUGAUUUCAUCAAAGUAAGAGUGCGGCCAGCUAAUGCAGCUGCGGUUUGAGUCGGGUGGGCAAGAUUGAUUGAAUUAUGUUCGUAUAUCGUUAGUUUCGUUACUGUCAUUAAUAAAUGGUUUGAUGAAACUAGGUUCAUGGCUUGACACUUAUGAAUGCAUCGAUAUCUUUAAU